AUGGAGGUUGGAGAAAAGUGUUUUCCUAAACAAAGGCAAGUCCUGAUUCUCUUUCUUGUGUUGGGAGUGGCUCUGGCAGGCUGGGAAUCCCGUCGCUAUUCCGUGAUGGAGGAAAUAGAGAGUGGCUCCUUUGUGGCCAAUCUGGCCAAGGACCUGGGGCUGAGAGUUGGGGAGCUAGCAGCCCGGGGAGCCCGUGUGGUCUCUGAGGAUAACGAACCCCGCUUGCAGCUUGAUCUGCAGACCGGGGAAUUGAUAUUGAAUGAGAAACUGGAUCGGGAGGAGAUGUGCGGUUCUACAGAUCCAUGUGUAAUGCAUUUCCAAGUGUUACUGAAAAAACCAUUGGGAGUAUUUCGAGCUGAGCUACUGGUGAGAGACAUAAAUGAUCAUUCUCCUGAGUUUCCUGAAAGAGAAAUGACUCUGAAAAUCUUAGAGACUAGCCCUCCUGGGACCACAUUUCCUCUGAAAAAAGCCCAGGACUUGGACGUGGGCAACAACAAUAUCCAAAAUUACAGUAUCAGUUCCAACUCUCAUUUCCAUGUUUCUACCCGUACCCGGGGGGAUGGCAGGAUAUACCCAGAGCUGGUACUAGACAAAGAGCUGGAUCGAGAGAAGCAGCCAGAACUCAGCUUAACCCUCACAGCGCUGGAUGGCGGCUCUCCACCCCGGUCUGGCACUGCCCAAGUUCGAAUCUUGGUCUUGGACGUCAAUGACAAUGCCCCUAAGUUUCUACAGACACUCUACCAGGUGCAGGUUCCUGAAAACAGCCCUGUAGGCAUGCUAGUAGUCAAAGUCUCUGCUAGAGAUUUAGACACUGGGACAAAUGGGGAAAUAUCAUACUCUUAUUUUUAUAGUUCCCAAGAAAUAAGUACAACUUUUGAACUAAACAACCUUUCAGGAGAAGUUCGACUACUUAAAACACUAGAUUUUGAGACAACAUCAUCAUAUGAGCUGGAAAUAGAUGCGACUGAUGGUGGGGGACUUUCUGGAAGAUGUUCUGUCUCCAUUGAGGUGGUGGAUGUUAACGAUAACUUCCCAGAACUAACUAUUUCAUCACUCACCAGCCCCAUUCCUGAAAAUUCUCCGGAGACAGAAGUUGCCCUGUUUAGAAUUCGAGACCGAGACUCGGGGGACAACGGAAGGAUGACUUGUACCAUCCAGGAUGAUCUCCCCUUCCUCCUGAAACCAUCAGAGGAGAAUUUCUAUACCCUGGUAACAAAUGGGGCGCUAGACAGAGAGACAAGAGCCCAGUACAACAUCACCAUCACCGUCACUGACUUGGGGACCCCCAGACUGAAAACGCAGCACAAUAUAACCGUGACGGUCUCCGACGUCAACGACAACGCCCCCGCCUUCAGCCAAACCACCUACACCCUGCGGGUCCGUGAGAACAACAGCCCCGCGCUGCACAUCGGCAGCGUCAGCGCCACUGACAGCGACGCGGGCGCCAACGCCCAGGUCACCUACUCGCUGCUGCCGCCCCAGGACCCGCAGCUGCCCCUGGCCUCCCUGGUGUCCAUCAACGCGGACAACGGGCAGCUGUUCGCGCUCAGGUCCCUGGAUUACGAGGCGCUGCAGGCCUACCUGGUCAUCGCCUUGGCGUCCGUGUCGUCGCUCUUCCUGUUCUCGGUGCUGGUGUUCGUGGCGGUGCGGCUGUGCAGGCGGAGCCGGGCGGCGUCGGCGGGCCGCUGCCCGGUGCCCGAGGGCCACUUUCCGGGCCACCUGGUGGACGUCAGCGGCACGGGGACGCUGUCCCAGAGCUACCAGUAUGAGGUGUGUUUGGCGGGAGACUCAGGGACCAAUGAGUUCAAGUUCUUGAAGCCCAUCUUCCCCAGUAUUCUAAACCAGGACCUUGGGAGGAAGUCAGAGUUGGGCACGGCACCUGAAGUUAGAGAGCCCUUGCAAUGAAGAAAAUGAAAGCUAAGGAUAAUGAUGGUUAUGUUGGUUUGUGUUAUAUGAGGCUUAGAACCACGUUUUUAAGAAUUCUAUAUGGUUCUAAGUUAGAAGUGGACAAGAAGAACUUGCACAAGAUUUGGAAUGCAACAUGAAGAAGCUGUUAAUCUUGAAAGGGUGUGGAAGUAGCAGAUUGACAGAUUCAGAACCAUUUAGAAGUUUCAAACUUAAAGGUUGACUUCCUGACUAUUUACUUUAUUGAACAUCAGCCCUGAGCCAAUCAUUAAGCACUUAACAUCAGUUCCCUCAGAGGUGGCAGAUUCCACAAACCUCUCCAUGAGCUCACCCUUCAUAGUCCUAAUUUGGUGGCUAGAAAUGCACAGCUGUUUGAAUUUCCUUAUGUACUCAUACCUGCUUACUUUUACUGCUCUUUCAGGAUAUCAUGAUACAAAACUUUUCCAAUACUCUCCCUUUUCUCUAUAUUGUAAAAGAUGUAAUUUUUGUGGUGAGCACAUAGUUCAAAAAUAAACUUAAACAAAUUAGUAACUUUGUUCCUCAUUUGUAUUAAGUGGCCACAUUAUCCCUGUACUGCCUAUUUCUGGACGUUUUCAGUAGAGAAAUAAGCACCUUCCUGAUUUGUGGGUCAUGUCAUGAGAGUUUUACAUUACUCAAAACUAAUAAAAUCCUAAAUGAUAAA